GACCACUGUUGACUUCUUGUCCCUGCUAUCCAUGGUUUACAAACUGUACCACCGAUAUCGAUUGUGCGAACUACAACUGUUGCAUACACGAUAUCCUAGAUCCUGUGUCAUUGAUCCUUUUGUACUUCGUUGCGCUUUGUUGACAUCAGAUUCGGAAAACGGCUCAGCAGAAUUCGCGAUCCGUAAGGCAGGGAAAGAGAAGGUCCUGCCCCAGCUGCUUGGCAGCAAUGCAGAUCCUGACAGCAAUACAGUGCAGCAGUUUGAGCUGGAAUUGCAGUGGUGUAUCCAGCAACUAGAGAGAGCACUUGCCUCAAAGAAGAUGGCCCAUAAACAUGCCCAAGAUGGAGCUCAUUCAUUGGCCAUUCUCAAGAGUAAGAAUGCUCCAGUAAUAAAAAAGCGACAGAUGAUGAGGUCUUUAUUUGGGGAUUACCGAAUCAAGAUGGCAGAAGAGGAAAGGAAGCUAAGUAAAGCCCACGAGAGGAUCAGUAUUGCUGUACCAAACAAGAAGUCCUGCUUCAUAAAGCAGAGUGCUGUUGUUUGUGAGCCUUCACAGAACAACUUCAGGUUCAACUUCAAGGUGCCACUAAGCAAGGAAAAGGCAAGCACUCAGUCAAAGGCCAACAAUGGGAAUUUCAUAUAUAGGAGCUCAGACAACAACUUUAGGUUUAAUUUUGCUCAUCCAGCUUCUUGAACAGUAGUAUUGACCUCUGACUGAAAAUUGUAUGUUCAAAAUGUGAUGAAGGGGUCCAGUAAGUGUUAUUACCUUUUUCAAGAAAUGUAUGUAUUUUUUAAAAUUUGUUUUGUCUUAAAGUAACAUAUCUGAAUAUAUGAGGUUGCAGCAUAACCAGCAGCUUUAUUAACAGGAUUACAAAAUGUUGUGCAAAUUUAAAACAUCUCCAUAAAUCAUGACAUCAGUGUUGGGAGAUUUGGUUUUCUUUGAAAGGAAAUAAUUUGUAAAUAAAAAGGGCUGCCUGCAGGUUUGAUAGUGUUAAUUUUUCCAAUGUAUUUUAUAUUAUAAAAUAAAUGUGAAAUUGCCAUCUAA